GGAUCACCAACCGCUUGGAAGAAGACGCAGCAGCCACCACCAUCCACAUGGCGUCUUCAUCUACAAGCGUGGAGAGGACGGAGGAGAGGGUGGCUAACGAAGGACCACCUGAAGAUGAGUUCCUCAAGUACUUGCCACUGUACAGAGCGGCCUCAAGAGGUGAUUGGGACACGGCGAAUAUCAUCUUCCAACAAGACGAAGGAGCGAUCACGGCCGUCAUUAAUAACUUUAAACAAACGGCAUUGCACGUGGCAACAGACAUGGGGAGGAACAUUCAUUUUUUGGAAGAGUUGGUUAAACUCAUGCCCAAACAGGCCUUGCUCUUGCAAGAUGGAUCAGGCUACACAGCGCUAACCCUAGCUGCGAUUGCCGGUGAUAUAAAGGCUGCAGAUAUCCUUGUCAAUCAAAACCCUGAUUUGGUCUAUGUUAGAGAUAACUCUAAAACCUUACCAGUGACUCGGGCAGCUAGGCAUAACAAGCGACAGAUGGUCUCCUAUCUACUAAAUCUUGUCUCAAACAACAUCAAAUCCUAUCCUAAUCCCUUUGGACAGGAAUCUGAUCUUGUGCUUUUAAUCGAUGUCAUAAUAUCCAAAUAUUUUGAUAUUGCAGAGGAGUUGGUAGAGAAGUACCCUCACUUGGCCAUUUUAAAUCUCGAAGAGUAUUUAACCCCUUUGGAAGUGAUAGCGCGGAUUCCUUCAGCAUUUCGGAGAGGCUGCAAUCUUAAAUAUUGGGAAGCACCACCCAUAAAGCAAAUCAAGGACAAAAAGCAAAUGCACAAUCACGCUUUUCAGCUUGUGAUGUUGAUUUGCAAAAGGAUCGAAACUUUAAACAAUCUGAAUGAUCAGGAAACUCAUUACGCAGCUGCAGUUGCCACAGCUGCAAGGGUUGAUAAUCCUGAGGUCAUAGAAGAGAUAGUGGAGAUAUUUCCCAAUGCCAUCUGGGUUCAUGAUUCACAGGACCAUGAUCACAUGUUUCAUUUUGCUGUGGAAAAUCGCUCUGAAAAUGUUUUCAACCUUGCAUAUCAGGUGGAUGGAAAUAAACUUAGAGUGAUGAAUAUGAUUGACAACCAUGGAAACACCAUCUUACAUUUGGCAGGAAGAUUGGCAAAACCACAAAAGCUCAAUCUUAUUUCUGGAGCAGCAUUGCAGAUGCAACGAGAGUUGCAAUGGUUUAAGGAAGUGGAACGAUGGGUAAGACAAGAUUACAAAGAAAGGACUAAUAAAGGUGGAAAGACUCCUCAAAUGAUAUUUACUGAAGAGCACAAAAACCUAGUAAUUGAUGGAGAAAAAUGGAUGAGAGAUACCGCAAACUCAUGUGCAAUUGUUGCAUCAUUAAUUGUGACAAUAGUUUUUGCAGCAGCUAUUACAGUGCCCGGAGGUAACAAUCAGAACGAUGGACAACCUGUUUUAUUUAAAAGAAAUGCAUUCAAAAUCUUUGCGAUUUCAGAUGCAAUAUCUCUUUUCUCAUCUGCCACCUCCCUUUUAAUAAAUGGAUUUUCUUUACGCUCUUCCAAAAAAAUUAUUUAUUGGUCUUGUUACUCUGUUCCUUUCCAUAACAUUCAUGAUUAUUGCUUUUUGUUGCACUCUCUAUAUUGUGUUUGGACGCGGAGAGAAUUGGUUCUAAUUGGAGUGGCUAUUUUAGCUUCUCUACCAAUCACUUCAUUUGUGUUCCAACAAUUUCCCCUUCUCGUUGAUCUUAUAUCUUCAACUUAUGGCCCUGGCAUCUUUGGGAAGAGAAUGAUCGUCCCUUCGGUUGAGGAACAGCAUCAUCUCUCUAAUACAACAAUUUGUCUUCAGUCUGGGUGUGUUUCUUCUUUUUUGGAUGUGGAGUUCUGGUGUGUCUUGCCGAAGUGGCUUAGUGGGUCUUUCCUGUGUGGUGCCUCAACCCUGUUCUCUUAUGGAGAA